AUUUAGCGGAAAGAUACUUUGAACUCUUUAAGUGAAUGUACGUUUUAUUGUUUCUUAACAUGCGCAUAUGUAGUAUAUAGAUAGAUAUAUUCAAAACAAAUUUACAUUUAUAUUAGAUCUAUAUCUAAUCAGUGAUUGGAAGAUAUGAUCGGAACUCAUCAACACAUGUAUUUUGAGAAUAUAUCUGAUAAAGAAUUAAAGCAGUAUUACUAUCCCAGCGACUAUAGUCAAUCAAUGAUGGACUACGAGGAGAAUAACUCUAUGAAAAUGCCUGUUAACGAAGGACCAACCUCAGCCCCCAAGAUCCUGGUGCCCGAUGAGCGAUCGCUCAAUUUUUCCACAUCACCAGGGGAGGAAUUUGACUUUACAUUUGUGAAGAAACCAAAAACUAUUAGGGACCCAAUGUCACACAGAAUUAUAGAGAAAAGACGGAGGGACCGUAUGAACAAUUGUUUGGCGGAUUUGAGUAGACUGAUUCCAACAAACUAUCUGAAACAGGGUCAAGGACGGAUUGAAAAAACGGAGAUUAUAGAGAUGGCCAUUAGGCACAUCAAAAAUCUCACUAACAAAACAAACACACAAGGAGGGCUGAAGUCAAGUCUGCCCGACCGCUUUCUCGGAUUCAAAGAAUGCCAAGAUGAAGUGAUGAGGUACCUGGUGGAAGUGGAAGGUUGGGAUGCCCACGAUCAACUUUGCAGCAGGAUGAUGUCGCAUCUAGAACAAGCCGGCGAGAAAUUCCGGAUAAUGAACGAUGAAUCUCUAAGCCAAGCCGCUAAAGAAGAGCAGUAUAGACACGUUGAGGAAGAUAUUCACGCCGUUCACAAUGGUCAAACUAUUGUUCUUGAACCUGGAGGUACAGGUCCCCCACCUCAGUUUUACCCAAGCCCACCUCAAAAUACAGCCCAGAUCACUACACCGCCUCAGCCAGCUGCUCAGAGUGAAAAUACAAGCCCACAAAAUUCAUUUCCUAGUUUUGAGUCAUUUGCCAGUGCACAACAAAUUACGCAAGAACAUUUGAAAAGGGAUAAACACCUGUGGACUUUACUUGCAAGUAAAUACAACGCAAAGAAUGUUGUCGAAGAUUCGGGUCUUUCUACUGGUCCAGGGUCCAAUAUCUCCAAUACAACAGAUUCAAGUAUGAAAUACUCUGGUAAUGGCUCAUACAAAAUUCCAUUAGAGCCAGUGCCGACAUUAAACAAUUCGAGUAGCCAAACGAGUAUGGACACAAGUUCAGAUAGAAAUGAUAGUAGUGUAUACAAAUUCAAGCAUAAUAUAACAAAGCGGUUUUCUGAGGAGACAACGCCUAAGAUGGCAAAUCCGAGUGAUUCAUCAUCCAUAAGCUCAAGAGAAGAUCAAAAGCGAUGUGAGAAAAUGAAGAGAAAGUUCCGUCAUGUUCGCUCACGAAGUCCGAGUAGCAUCUCCUCUCAGUAUCCGAAUUCGGACAGUUCAAAUAACAACAGUAGCUCUAACGGAGAAUCAAGCAGUACAGGGGACGAGGUAAAGCCAUCCUGUUACCUCCCAGGAUUUGUAUUACAUCCUGUGGGAACACAUUACAUUCCCUUGUCAAUCCAUCCAUCAAAUGUUGGAUAUGACUUUUUUGCCAAAGCUACUCAGCAAGGGCCAAGGGUGUUCCAUCCAAUCAGCAUUCCAGUGAAUUUUGGUGGACCACUGAUAUAUAUGAAAAAUAUUGGAAUUGAAUCGAAAGCAAAUGGGUCAGGGGUACAGAGUCUCUCAUCUGAAGGUAGCAAUAGCAGAUGUCCAUCCGGCUGUCCAUCGGAAAACAGUCCCAAUCCGGAGCCGGAACCCGUGAAAAGUGCUAGUUAAACAUACGUCAGUGUUUAUAAACUGAAUUUAUAGUUAUGUCAGAGUUCUUGCGGUCUUGUUUAGUUAUUUUAUGAACAAAAUGAUUGAAUCAGCUCAAGGUUCGCAUAUUUAUAUUUGAUAUUCUUGACAAAUGUUCAUCAAAUGCCAUAACUUCAUUGUCUCACCGCAUAUUUUCAUCAUUGUCAUCAUAUAUAUUACAUAAGAUGCAUUGCGAAUAUACAUUGCAAUACACGUGACGAGUAUCAUUUUUUAUCAAGUUUUAUAUUUCAUCCAUUUUUUAUCACGUGUAUCAUACGGCGGUGCUGAUAAUUUUAUUAUACACUCGAUCGUUAUUGUUGUGUCGUGAAUACAAAUGUGACACUUAUUCUGUAAAUGCUACAUGAAUUUAGAGCUGUCUUCAUAUUUAUAUCCUAUAUGUAGCAGAUACAUUUUUUUCUAUUUCUAUUGUGUUAAAAACGUUUUGUAUUUAUCUGUGAAAAAUAAUGUGUAUAAGUCAUUGUUUAAAUUGAUUAUGUAUUUCUAUCAUUUAUUAUAUGUGUUCUUAGAUAUUCAGUUUCUAACUUAUAAUAAGGUAAUAUUAUUAUUUAUUCUUCAAUUUCAUUGACUUUUAUGCGUGUGCGAUUCUCCCAGAGAUCGAAUCAGUCAUGCUUUCAUAUUCUCUAAUAAAAGAAUAGUUUUAUUCAAUAGGCGAUUAUUAUAUUUUUAAUAGAUUUUUCUUUUUUAGAUUCUAAGAUAUAUUAUUGUUUAAUAUAAUACUAAAAUUAAUUAAGAUAUUUGAUUUAUUAUUUCUUUUUUUUUAAAUAGAAAUUGCUAAACUUUAUGUGAAAAGAAAUGAACACUAAAAUGUUAACAUGAGAAAUUGUGUUUAUUAUGGUGGAUGACUUCUAUAUGUCUUCCUGUGCACAUGUUCUUCAGUAAAAUUCUUUAUAAAAUUCGUUUGAAUUAAGGUUAUGUUUACUUUCCAAUGUUCAACAUAUUUGGUUAUGAUAUUUAUAGAAUAACUAAAUGUCUAAUUAAAGUGGCUAAAGCCCCUUUUUAAACGCAGACACUUAGGGUUCAGACUGGCUAGAGAAGUUUAAUAUUUAUCAUUACUAGGUUGUUUUAAAUGGUUUUCCAUAUUUUCUGAAUAGGAUUUUACUUAAUUUGGCCUAACAUAGAACGGGCAAAUCUGACAAUAUUCUGAAUAAAAGCGCUUCCGUAUCAAAAGAAGACUAAAACAGUAUUUUGAUUUGGUAAAAAAUUAACAUUGUUUUGUAGGACUUAUAUCUAAAAUAUGGAUAUUAAUCAUUUGCGAUGAUCAAAAAUAUCACUUGACUUUGAAGCGACCUUGGCCAUUUGAGCCCUAACUGUCUGUUUUGUUAUAUUAGUUUGGUUUUAUGCAUUAUCGUUGUUUAGUAGCUGUUGUAGAAAAUAAUUUUGAAAAAAAAAAUAAAAAGAAAUGUCGUCUUGAUGAAAAGUAUUAGUUUAACUGAAGAGUUUGUAUAAUGUAUAGGACAAUUAAAUAUUAUUUUUACAAAGGAAGUUUUUUGUGCACUAUGUAUGCGCCUUGCAUAUCUUUUUCACAGAAGUGGUUUUAUGAUAGUGUUGCCAUUUUUAGAUAAACUUGUUAUUAAUGUUGUUUUUGUUUCAUUAUUGAAUUUUGUUUUUAGAAAAAAAUGGCACAUAUAUUUUAAAGUUUGGAAUUCGACGGUUUUAAGGUUUCGAGGAUUUUGAAACUGUGAUAAAAGUUGUUUUCCGUUAUUGAUAAGUAUUAUACAAUAAGGAAUUUGUGAUUAUUUUACUUUGUUGAUUGUCCUAUAAUAUGAUGGUUGAAAAAGGUCCAUAAUUUUGCCAUGUUUGAUAUGUGGUAGUUUGUUAAGAAUAAAACAAUACCUGUAUUCCAAUAUUUUAUCAGUAAUUGCAAUAUGUGCGUUGACUUUGCGAAGCAAUGGUUCAUGUUAGGCAGCCAUAAUAAAUGACAUGUUUUUGUUACUGAUGAAAUUUUUGAAUAUAUGUAUUAUUGAUAAAUUGGUGGAUGUUUUAGCUGGUAUUUUAGAAUUGUGAUGUUGUAAAGUUUUUUAUUUGCUCAAGUUAUCGUAAAAACAUACAAACUUGUAGCACAUAGGAAAGGAAACACGGUCUUUUUUGUAAAGUAUUUUUAUAGUUUGGCAUAAACUAUUAGUUGUUAUCUAAUGAGGAAUUUGAUACAAAGACAAUACAUUUCAAAGUUUUAAUAAGAAAUAAAGAUUUACUUGUAAUUUUCAUAUUUUCAUAUUUGGGAAAAACACGUUGUAAGAAUUUCAAAAGUUUUAUGAUUGAUAUUAUUUUGUAUAAAGAAUACUAAAAAUAAAGAAAACUGAUAAAUAACCAAUAUCUUGAAAUUGUUAAGAAAUUUUCUGAAGGGUGGAGCAAAACAAAUCUUCAUGU